CCUAGAAAAAAAAAAAAAAAAAUUGAAACCUUAACGAUGGAGGUUGCUGAUAGACUCCGCCUCGACUUCGAUUCUGGACCUGUUCAGCCCACCGCUUCUUCAUGCCCGGUUUCUCUGCCUGAAACCUCUUCCUCCGCCGCUAUUAAUGUACCUCCGAGCUACGAUGAUUCCGCCUCGACGGCGGUUGGAGCUGGGAGAGGACGAAGUUUCCGACAGACUGUGUAUAGACAUUGGCUUCGAUGUAUAUGUGUGAAAUACAGAGAAGAUGAGAAGGAUAGGUUCUGCAGCAGCUCAAGUAACUUGGAUUCGAUCCCUCUUCAAUCCAAGGAGCGAGAUCGUAACAUUGAGAAAGCCACAAGCUCAAGUAAGGUAGCUUGGAUUCCUGUUCAGUCCAAUGAGCGAGAUUGUAACACUGAGAAAGACACAAGCCCAAUUAAGUUAGAUACGAUCCCUCUUCAAUCCAAGGAGCGAGAUUGUAACACUGAGAAAGGCACAAGCUCAAGUAAGGUAGCUUCGAUUCCUCUUGACCUAGAGAUUGAGAUACUGAGUAGACUGCCCGCAAAGUCUCUUAUGAAGUUCCAAUGCGUGUCAAAGAUGUGGUCUUCCAUCAUCCGAAGCCAGAGUUUCGUCGAUUCCUUCUUCUCCAUGUCCUCUAUGACGCAAUCGCGGUUUUUAAUCUCUUUCAGUAACGGUGCACUCCCCAAGAAUGGUAACAAUCUCAUGUUCAUCUCUUCGGCUUCCUACGACAGAGAGGAAGCUUCUUGUUUGAUAACCAAUGUCGAUCUGAUACUACCUUUUGAUAGUUACUUGGAUAGAUGCUGCAACUGUGCUUCCGUCCAUGGCUUAAUCGGGUGUGCUAAGAGUGGUCCGUUCAUUGUCUGUAACCCUAGCACAGGCAAAGUCACUGUCUUACCCUAUAGCGGAUCACGCACAUCCUUGGGAUACGAUCCUGUUGGUGAUCAAUUCAAAGCAUUGAUCUUGUUGUCUCAUCCUCACCUUCACCAUGAUUUUCUAGUGUACGAGGUUUUAACACUAGGAGGAGAAUCUUCUAUUUUGGUGCGUGGACCCCCACCCGAGAUAAGAAUCCGGUGAUUGUGUGUUUUGAUGUUAGACAUGAGAGGAUUAGUUUUAUCAAAGCGCCUGUGGAUGUUGUGUAUUGGGAGGGUGAAUCAUUAUUGAUAGACUACAAAGGGAAGUUAGCUGCCAUUACAAGACACCCCUACCAUCAUUUUAGCAGUUUUAAUUUCUGGAUACUAGAGGAUAUGCAGAAACAUGAUUGGUCCAAGCAAACGUUUACGCUUCCCUUCUCUUUGGGGUUGGGUACGAACAUGAUUUCCCCGGGAAUCAACAAAGCUGGUGAAAUCAUUUUUGCUUCAAGACGUCUGUCGCGUGAUGUUCAACCCUUCUAUAUUUUCUACUUCAAUGUUGAAAGACAGGACAUCAGAAAAGUUAUCCUCAAAGGAAUAGCAGACGAUGAACAGUUUAGGCGUCGGUAUGGAUUUGGAGAUGAAGUUUGCGUCCACAUCUCGCCACAACACGUUGAAAGUAUUGCCUCUUUAUAAUGUGUUUUAUGUAUUUCUUGAAGGAUCCAAAAUGUAAGAGCUUGACAAACUCUCCCUUUUCUUUUAAUUAAUAUCUAAGCGUUGGCUUUUUGACACCAAGCAAAACUAGUUUGAUGUUAGGACUGAUGAUUUGCAUUUGCUGACAUGUGUAGUUUUAGUGUUACUCAUCAUAUUUUCAGUGUUUUUGUAAAGGAAUUCCAUACCAUGUUUUUGGUUCCCCAAAGUGAUUGUAGUUCAAAGAAUAUUGACCACAACUGCCUACUUACUGUGUGUUAGUUGUAUGCAAAGAUUUCGUUGAAUUGUAUGCUGCAGGUAAUCGAGAAUCUUGUGGAUGCUUAUUUUAAGCAUGCCGAUUCCCCUUCACAGCUUCUUUCCAAGGUUAUUCUGAUAUUCUCUGGCUGAAGCUCAUCCUUGAACUUCUAAGAAUCUCUCUUUAUCACUUCCUUUCCAAUGUUACGGGACAGUCUGUACAAUGCAUUACCUGUUACUGUUAUGACGACAGCUCGUUGUCCUCGGCUACAAACUCUUGAUCUUGAGUGUGAGGUUUUUCCGAAAGAUAUCUCUGUUUCUCCAAUGUUUGGUUCUGUUUUCUUGUCGUUGUCUUUUCAUGAUUACAAUUUUAUGUACUGAUCAGUAGAAUGCGAUCCAAUUUGGUUCGAUUUCUAUGAUUCUAAGGCUGCCAAGGUUGUUUAGAUUCUUCAUUUCAAAGUUCCCCCAGAGAAUCUGCUGUCAGAUUCUCCGACAAUUUGAUGUUGAAAGUGACGUUAGCUUGAUAAGAUUCACAUUACAGUUUUUUUUUCCUUCAUCUACGUUUGCUUCAAUCACUAGUUGUGGUUAGUGAUUGAAGCUGGUCACAUUGGUAGAUGGGUUGCAUAAGUCUACUAGGUAAUUUAUAUUUUCGCUGCUUCCUUACUGCUGGUAAAGAGAAUCCUCCAAGGUGAAGUUCUAGUUUAACGAAUCAUGGGCGCAGGAAUAUUCCAAACUCUUCCUUGGAAAAUUAUUGUUGAAUGUUUCAGUCUUGUGCACCUUAUUUCAUCAUGAGUGUCUCACAUUUGUAGGUUUUUGACAGGAACAUAAAAGUAGUUGCCCCAGGAGAUGUGGGCGCUAAUGCAAGGGAUAGGACAAGUCCAGAAGAUGGAGUUAAUGGCCAUCAGAA